AUGUUUUUACAUGUUUGCGCAAUUGAUGACCAGUUUAGGAGGGUUUGUGUCGCCAAUUUGACUAUCCAGAAUUUUCUGUGUAGGGAUAGAGGUAGUGGGAGCCUCCUGGAGCCAGUGAGAUCCUCCUGGAGCCAGUGGGAGCCUCCUGGAGCCAGUGGGAGACUCCUGGAGCCAGUGGGAGACUCCUGGAGCCAGUGGAAGCUUCCUGGAGUCAGUGGGAGACUCCUGGAGCCAGUGGAAGCUUCCUGGAGUCAGUGGGAGACUCCUGGAGCCAGUGGAAGCUUCCUGGAGUCAGUGGGAGACUCCUGGAGCCAGUGGGAGACUCCUGGAGCCAGUGGGAGCCUCCUUGAGCCAGUGGGAGACUCCUGGAGCCAGUGGGAGACUCCUGGAGCCAGUGGGAGACUCCUGGAGCCAGUGGAAGCUUCCUGGAGUCAGUGGGAGACUCCUGGAGCCAGUGGGAGACUCCUGGAGCCAGUGGGAGACUCCUGGAGCCAGUGGGAGCUUCCUGGAGCCAGUGGAAGCUUCCUGGAGUCAGUGGGAGACUCCUGGAGCCAGUGGGAGGACUCCUGGAGCCAGUGGGAGACUCCUGGAGCCAGUGGAAGCUUCCUGGAGUCAGUGGGAGACUCCUGGAGCCAGUGGAAGCUUCUGGAGUCAGUGGGAGACUUCUGGAGCCAGUGGGAGCCUCCUGGAGCCAGUGGGAGACUCCUGGAGCCAGUGGGAGACUCCUGGAGCCAGUGGGAGACUCCUGGAGCCAGUGGGAGACUCCUGGAGCCAGUGGGAGCUUCCUGGAGCCAGUGGAAGCUUCUGGAGUCAGUGGGAGACUCCUGGAGCCAGUGGGAGACUCCUGGAGCCAGUGGGAGACUCCUGGAGCCAGUGGGAGACUCCUGGAGCCAGUGGGAGACUCCUGGAGCCAGUGGGAGACUCCUGGAGCCAGUGGGAGACUCCUGGAGCCAGUGGAAGCUUCCUGGAGUCAGUGGGAGACUCCUGGAGCCAGUGGGAGACUCCUGGAGCCAGUGGGAGACUCCUGGAGCCAGUGGGAGCUUCCUGGAGCCAGUGGAAGCUUCCUGGAGUCAGUGGGAGACUCCUGGAGCCAGUGGGAGACUCCUGGAGCCAGUGGGAGACUCCUGGAGCCGGUGGAAGCUUCCUGGAGUCAGUGGGAGACUCCUGGAGCCAGUGGGAGACUCCUGGAGCCAGUGGGAGACUCCUGGAGCCAGUGGGAGCUUCCUGGAGCCAGUGGAAGCUUCCUGGAGUCAGUGGGAGACUCCUGGAGCCAGUGGGAGACUCCUGGAGCCAGUGGGAGACUCCUGGAGCCAGUGGGAGACUCCUGGAGCCAGUGGGAGACUCCUGGAGCCAGUGGGAGACUCCUGGAGCCAGUGGGAGACUCCUGGAGCCAGUGGAAGCUUCCUGGAGUCAGUGGGAGACUCCUGGAGCCAGUGGGAGACUCCUGGAGCCAGUGGGAGCUUCCUGGAGCCAGUGGAAGCUUCCUGGAGUCAGUGGGGAGACUCCUGGAGCCAGUGGGAGACUCCUGGAGCCAGUGGGAGACUCCUGGAGCCAGUGGAAGCUUCCUGGAGUCAGUGGGAGACUCCUGGAGCCAGUGGGAGACUCCUGGAGCCAGUGGGAGACUCCUGGAGCCAGUGGGAGACUCCUGGAGCCAGUGGAAGCUUCCUGGAGCCAGUGGGAGACUCCUGGAUCCAGUGGGAGACUCCUGGAGCCAGUGGAAGCUUCCUGGAGUCAGUGGGAGACUCCUGGAGCCAGUAG